AUGGCGGCAGACCCAACACGUCCCCACCCCACCACGUCAUUGACACCACCGUACCUCCCCACGAAAGCCGAGCGAAUCGUCCUGGUCGCCUUCCCCGUCAUCCUGCUAUUCGGAAGCCUCUUCUCGGUGCUAUCUCCCACGACGCGCGACGCGCCCUACGACCACGUGGCUCAGGCGCACGUACAGGACCCAGCGGUGGCGCCAAGCUACUUUGCUCGCAAGUCCAACGUGUUCAACGUUGUCUUCGUCAAGCAAGGGUGGGCAUGGACGACGGCGGCCGUGCUCUUGCCGGUCCUGACACAUCCCGCCAUGGCUGCUACGCGUGUGAGGGUCGUCGCGCGCUGGGCCGCCGUCACGGCGUGGUGGUUCUUCGUCACGCAGUGGUGCUUCGGGGCGCCCCUCAUCGAUCGUGGGUUCCUGUGGACGGGCGGGGAAUGCGAGGCCGUGGCGGAGGAUAUAGCCGAGGGCAGCGCCGGGCUGGGAGGCAUGGUCACGUCGGUCGCCUGCAAGGCCGCGGGGGGCAAGUGGAAGGGCGGGCACGACAUCUCCGGUCACGUCUUCCUGCUCGUGCUCAGCACGCUCAUGAUCGUGUCCGAGGUCGGCUGGGCUGUCCUGCGCUACUCGGGCUACGCCGCCGACACGAGGGCUGUGGUAAAGGCUGACGGGUCCGUCGAGGCCGCUGAGGCAGAGGCCGUCACGCCUGCGGGAGAGGGCCGCGGCAGGACCUGGCUCGGAGUCGGUGGGCAGUUUGCGUCCGCUGUCGUCGCGCUCAACCUCUGGAUGGUUCUCAUGACGGCCAUCUACUUCCACACGUGGUUCGAAAAGUUUACCGGACUAUUGACCGCUUUUGUGGGAUUCUACGUCGUCUACAUCGUCCCACGAUUCGUACCGUCUGUACGCGGAGUCCUCGGGUUGCCAGGCAUAUAA